AUGUCUGAUCACUCGUCUGAUACAGAGUCCCAGCAUUCGCCCAAACAUUCUUUACCUAAAACUGAAAUACCUCAAUCUGUCAGAACAUACCAUGAAAACCACCCUGUUCAGAUCACAACAAUUCGACUGAACGGUCCUAAUUAUUUUCGGUGGUCACAGUCUGUCCGUUUGUAUCUCAGGGGGAGAGGAAAAAUUGGCUACAUCACUGGAGACAAGAAACAACCAGACAAGGAAGGUGCAGACUAUGAUAGUUGGGAUGCUGAAAAUUCCAUAGUCAUGACAUGGUUAGUCAAUUCCAUGACUGAAGAGAUAGGUGCAAACUAUCUUUGUUAUGCUACUGCAAAAGAUCUUUGGGAAAGUGUCUCUCAGAUGUAUUCUGAUUUGGACAACCAAUCCCAAAUUUAUGAAUUAACUCUCCAGCUUGGAGAAAUUCGUCAAGCUGAAGAUUCUGUUACCAAAUACUUCAAUUGUCUCAAGCGUAUUUGGCAAGAUUUGGAUCUGUUCAAUGUAUAUGAGUGGAAGUCACCCGAGGACUGCAAGCACUACAAGAAGAUGGUGGAUGUUCGUCGUGUCUUCAAGUUUCUUGUAGGUCUAAAUAUUGAGUUUGAUGAGGUUCGUGGCCGAAUUCUUGGCAGGAAUCCUAUCCCUCCAAUUGGUGAAGUAUUUGCUGAAGUGCGUCGCGAAGAGAGUCGCAGGCAGGUGAUGCUUGGAAAAAAGGUUGCCAUUGUCCCUCCAUCAGUCGAAGGAUCUGCAUUGGUUGUUCCUCAAGUCAAUCGCAAACCUUUCCCUAAUCCACGAGGUGGUGACAAGAACCAUUUAGUUUGCGACUACUGUGGUCAAAAGCGUCACACUCGGCAAAAUUGUUUCAAACUACAUGGUAGGCCAAAUAAUAGAAAAGCUGGAAGGUUUGGUGACCGCCCUACGUCUACAACCAAUGAGGCUGGCUCGUCUCCAUUUACUAAGGAGCAAAUGGAUCACCUUUUUAAACUUCUAAAGUUCAAUUCAUCACCUAAUGUUCCUGUUGGAACAGUGGCACAAACAGGACCAGAACUCGGGGAAGAUGAUUGGAACUGCUAG